AUGAGCGGAAGCGGCGGUUUCUAUAAGUAUCGGUGCAAAUACUUCCUUUCCAACAACUGCCAGAACUGGGUUUGGGUUAACUACGCAGCAUGCGCUACUUGCCUUGCCGAGGGUCGUGAGGGCGAGGAGCUCACCAAGCCUGGCGAGCAAGUCGAUACGGCGGCCCCUCAGUCCUGGAGACGGUCUCCGGACAUUCUCGUACCGCGGGCCCACAACGGGAGUCUGCAGUACGACUCGUUCGAAAUAGUCGGCCAUGGGGAGUCAGGAAACGACUGGACCCUGCGGCUCAAGGGAGGCCCCCAGCAGGUGCUCACCACGACCGCUAUGACGACCCACGACACGCCCCAGGGCAUCAUGGCACCCACUGGCGUCUUCAACUACUCUGGAUACUACGCCUAG